AUGUCCGACUGGUUCGAGGUGGGCGCUCAAUCGUCGUCCGCUAAGUCUGCUGCACCCUCAGACCAGGACGAACCUGUCAUCUGCCUUUGCAUCGAGCUCCAGUCCGGCCUCGAAGCGCUCUUUCAUCUAUUGAGAGCUAAGUUCGAGGACGACGGUUACGACCCUCGUCUCCUCCCAAUAUUCCCAGCCUCCUCGAGCACAAGUCCGGAAUCCGGCGCGGAACCUAGUCCACAUCCCUCGCUCAUUCCAACAGACCUCGCCCUCUCUGUUGUCGACACUCGUAUUUAUUUCGACGAUCUCACUAGCCCCGGCUCAUUGCACGGUUUCCGCCGCCUCCCUCAUACGUGCUCCCCAAACAUAGACGCGCUCUACCCUAUAAUCUGCGCAGCCACCCAUUGGUAUUACCAUCUUCGGCAUCAGCCUGCAGAUGCGAAGAGGAAUCUAACGAGAACGAGCAUAGGAGAGGGUAGUGGAAAGGUGACUCUGGAAAUGGUGGUGUUAGAGGCAGGUGAAGGACACGAUCGGUCGCUCAUGCCGCUGCUCUUUCCGGUAAAGAGCGUGGAAGUGAGUGUGAACGGUGGAACGGACAGUAGUGGAGGUAGUCCGGGUAAAGAGAAAAGCCUCGAAGACGACACGUAUGAUCCAGAGACGGCAGGAACCUACAACUGUUUCCCGUUCAUGGAGGUCGAGGCAGACGAGCUCACACUCUAUGGACAAAAGAUCGUCAACAAUUCGGAGUACGCCUUAUAUCCUGCCUUAUUUCACUUCGACAACAGUGAAUUCAGCAUCGCAGAGUACUACCUCCCGCCGACAGCCGCCUACACUUCUAGCCCAGACCCGCCUCUGAUUGCAAACGGCCUCACCAUCGGCUACGGCACGAGCGAUCUUUCGCCUCAUGUCUACUUCCUUCUGCUCAAUGAAGACCUCGAUAUCGGAUACUUGAAACUGAUCCUCACCACGAAAUACGUCGACCUGUCUCAUAUAGAACAGACGUCACCGUUCGAGGGAGCAAACGCGGCUCGGCUGGCUCCACUGAAUAGUGGUACCAGGGGUGGUGAUCCACGGCAUUUGGUAGGGAGAGAAGAGAGGCGCAGAUUGAAGAGUUCGUUUUGGGACGAGAUCACCUAUGUGCUUGUACAAAGGCGGCCCGUGGACGGAAGUAGGCCCACUCUGUGGAGGUGA